CGACGAUGCUCGACGAUGCCCAACGAGGCCGAACGAGGCCGAACGAUGCCGAACGAUGCCGGUGGAGCGGACUGGAGCGAGUGGAACGCGACGGAGUCGACGGGGACAUGGAACGGAUCGGCUCCAGGACGAGUGGCGUCGCGACGCAUACAUUCGGCAGCACUACUAGCGAUGAUCCUGGUAGGAGUUCAGAACGAACCGCAAGGCCCAGCCUAUCUUCCGCCUAGUCCUCGACCAGCUGGAGGAGGUGGGACUGGUCAUCCAGACGAUUGGGCUGGUGAUCCGGCGAACUAUGAAUUUUCGUACGAAGUGGUGGACGCGGCGGCGGGUCUGGAUUUCGGGCAUCACGAGAUGAGGAAGGAUAUGGAGGCGACCGGAACCUAUCACGUGCUGCUGCCGGACGGUAGGACCCAGAUUGUCGAUUAUAUCGCCGAUCAGAACGGGUAUCGGCCGAUAGUGCGAUACGAGGGAACCGCCACGUAUCCCGCACCCGGACCAGCGAGACCCAGCCAGGAAGAGGGCUACAGAUACUAGAGGCCUGAUUCUUUUUCGCAAACUAUCGAUUUUUAGCAGAUUAGAAAAAUCGAUUAAAUAUCAUUAUGGUACUCUUGAAUAGGGGUCGGCGUUUUUCGUAAAAAUUUUCUAACAAGGUACCAAAGACAAUUUUGCGGGUCAAGAGACCAAAUCGAAGAUAUUAAAUGUACGUAAAGAUAAUGCCAAUAUAUUAGAGCCGACCGCUAUAUUUAUAUUACAUUUAUGCUACAGAUAAUAUUUAUAGUACAUAAAAGAAAACAAAUUUUCACAAAUUUCUCCUUGAAAUUCAACGUAUAAUAGUAAUUUUACGAUACGAUCUGCUAAAAAUCUUAUCGUUCCCUAUUGUAUAACUACCAUUUCACUUUCCACAUUCCGAGAGAAACCUUAUCAUUUCCUGUAAUUUGAAAGAUGAAAGCGACUUCAAUCGUUGGAAUACAAUAGGGUACUUAACUUAUUGUUCUUUAACGUUUGCACUUUAUUAAAGAAAUGAUUGAAACUUUAUUGUAAUCAAUUGCGUUCUCUCGCUAACGGUACCUAGUAUCUAGAAUUGCGAUUAAAAACGAUUGAAAAUUUCCUAUCGUUUUCUGUUUUUUUUAACAGAAUGACUUUUGACUCAAAAAGAAAUCCAAACCCUCACAGAAAUGUAAUAUUGACAUAUAAAUUGGCGACUAAUUUAAGUGGGUAAUUUAAGUUGGUAGUAUCUUAAUACUAAAAAUAAGUAAUAUAUUACUUAUUUUUAGUAUUAAGAUACUACCAACAGUAUUUUUUAAAUUACUGAAAAAAAAAAUUAAAUUACUCGCUAAUUUAUUACUAUUCAAUAUUAUAUUUCUAGAAGGAAAUGGUAUGAUUUAGCGAAACAUUAAUCGUGAUCGUAACAAUUGCGGUUUUAUCUGUAAUGUGUAAUAAAUAAUUUGGGGAAUUGCAAAGAAAUAACGAAAUCUCUUUUCCCGUAUUCUCUUCGAUGUCUGAAUCCCACAAUCGGCCACAAUUCCAAACCUCGAUAGACUACGGCAUUAAUAUUAAAAAGGCCAAGCUACGUUCCAAUCCAGAUUCCGGAUUUCAAAAGCGCGGAAGCUGGGAAUUGAGAUUGUCUCGUACAAUGUUCUAAGACCCUGCACACAAUGAAAAAAUAUUAGAUAUUAGGAAUUAAAGGUUUAGAAUCAAUUUUCUCAAUAAACAAUAUAGAUAAAUAA